AUGAACCACGACGGCCACGCCGCGCCCGCGCCCGCGCCCGCGCCCGCCCCCAUGGCCAUGGUCUUCCAGACGGACCGCUCGACGCCGCUGUACGCAAGCUCGUGGACGCCCGCCAGCCCCGGCGCCUACGCCGCGACGUGCGUCUUCCUCGUCGGCCUCGCCUUCUCCGCGCGCCUGCUGCUGGCCGCCCGCGCCGUCCAGGAGGCGCGCUGGCUCGACCGCGACCUGGGCCGCCGCUACGUCGUCGCCAGGGGCGCCGCGCCGCCGGCCGAGCGCAUCGCCGCCGACUGCGGCGCCAAGCAGAUGAUGCUGCUGUCGGCCAACGGGCUCGAGGAGACGGUGGUCGUGGUGGCCCGCGGCGGCGGCGGGCGCGCGAGGCCGUGGCGCUUCAGCGUCGACCCGUGGCGCGCCGCCAUGGACACGGCCCUUGCGGGAGCCGGCUACCUGCUGAUGCUGGCCGUCAUGACCAUGAACGUCGGCUACUUCAUGUCGGUGCUCGCCGGCGUCUUUGCCGGCAGCCUCGCCGUCGGCCGCUACAGCGUCAGCGUCGGCGACCACUGA